CUGUCCCCCCCUGUUCCUGUAGGACCCCGCAGCCACUGCCAUAUCUGACCCCGACUGUGAUACCAGAGAGGGGGAGACCGUGGCCAUGAACUACAAACCUUCUCCGCUCCAAGUCAAGUUGGAGAAGCAGAGGGACAUCGCACGGAAGGGGUCCCUGAAGAAUGGGAACGUGGGGAGCCCAGUGAACCAGCAGCCUAAAAAGAACAACGUGAUGGCACGGACAAGGUUGGUGGUCCCCAACAAAGGCUAUUCCUCCCUCGAUCAGAGCCCCGACGAGAAACCUCUAGUUGCUUUGGACACGGACAGUGACGAUGACUUUGAUAUGUCCAGAUAUUCGUCCUCAGGUUACUCCUCCGCUGAGCAGAUCAACCAGGACCUGAACAUCCAGCUGCUGAAGGACGGGUACCGGUUAGACGAGAUUCCCGACGACGAGGAUCUGGACCUGAUCCCCCCAAAGUCCGUGAACCCCACGUGCAUGUGCUGCCAAGCCACCUCCUCCACCGCCUGCCAGAUCCAGUAGUGAGGGGCCCACCCUGCUUCCCACCAUAACUGUAAUACCUGUAAACAGCCAUUGCUUCCUCCUAUGGUAGGACAUGCACCUGUUUGUCUUCUUGGAGCCAGGAGAAACCAAAGCCCAUUGGCUGCCAUCUGCGUCACUCACAUCAUUAUGGGCUCGUUGGGUGGCGUUAGUACUAGGGGGCAGAGCUGCUGGGGGAGGGACUUGUCUGAGUGGGACGUUCCGCCAGCGCCACCCGCGGGGCAUUAGCAGCGACGGACCAUGAAGAAGGGUAUCAUGUCUUGCCUGGCUCCACCUCCUUCCAUUAACCCCUCCCCCCACCUUCAUAGUGCAGUUAGCCAAGCACCAUGCUUUGGUGCCAUGGUCAGGCAUAACUAGUUACUCAAGUGUCAUGCUGUACCCAGACAUAACUAGUUAGCCAUGUUUGGUGCCAUGGUCAGGCAUAACUAGUUACCCAAGCACUGUGAUAUGGCAAAUAGUCUUAGUUAGCCAAGCAUGGUAUGAGCAGAUAUUACUAGUUAGCCAAGUGCUGUGUUGGGGUCAGACAUAACUAGCUAGCCAAGCACAAAGCCCUGGCCAGACAUAACUAGUUAGCAAGGAAUGGUACUGUGUUGAGACAUAAGGCAUUAUCUAAGCACAGUGCUGUGCCCACACAUAACUAAUACAGCCAGAUGUAACUAAUACAGACAGACAUAACUAGUACAGCCUGAUGUAACUAAUACAGACAGACAUAACUAGUACAGCCUGAUGUAACUAAUAAUACACCCAGACAUUACUAGUACAGCCAGACAUUACUCCUAAGGCCAGACAUUACUAGUACAGCCAGACAUUACUAGGCCAGACAUUACUAGUACAACCAGACAUUACUAGUACAGCCAGAUGUUAAUAGUACAACCAGACAUUACUAGGCCAGACAUUACUAGUACAACUAGACAUUACUAGUACAACCAGACAUUACUAGGUCAGACAUUACUAGUACAACUAGACAUUGCUAGACCAGACAUUACUAGUACAGCCAGACAUUACUAGGUCAGACAUUACUAGUACAGCCAGAUGUUAAUAGUACAACCAGACAUUACUAGGCCAGACAUUACUAGUACAGCCAGAUGUUAAUAGUACAACCAGACAUUACUAGUACAACCAGACAUUACUAGUACAACCAGACAUUACUAGUACAACCAGACAUUACUAGGUCAGACAUUACUAGUACAACUAGACAUUGCUAGACCAGACAUUACUAGUAGAGCCAGACAUAUUUAAGGAUCCUUCUCUCAUUGAUACAUGUAUAUAAGUGAGGGGAUUAAGCCUGGGGCAAAUACCAUAUACCCAAGGGUAAAUAUGACCCAUUAUUAAGCCUAAUUGCCCUUGUUACUUGCCUUGGGCACAUUGGUCAGUGCAUCAGUCAGAGACUCUGGGGAGCAGCUCAGAGCUUGCCCUGGCUCUGUCCUUAGUGGGACAGAAUGGCUCCCAUUAGCCCAGCGACACUUCCACUCUCAUUAGCCCAACAACCCUCCCAUUAGCCCAGCGACACUCCCACUCUCAUUAGCCCAACAACCCUCCCAUUAGCCAAGUGACACUCCCACUCCCAUUAGCCCAGCGACACUCCCAUUAGCCCAGCGACACUCCCAUUAGCCCAGCGACACUCCCAUUAGCCCAGCGACACUCCCAUUAGCCUAGCGACACUCUCAUUAGCCCAGUGACACUCUCAUUAGCCCACCAACACUCCCAUUGGCCUAGUGACACUCCCACUCUCAUUAGCCCAACAACCCUCCCAUUAGCCAAGUGACACUCCCAUUAGCCCAGCGACACUCCCAUUAGCCCAGCGACACUCCCAUUAGCCCAGCGACACUCUCAUUAGCCCACCGACACUCCCAUUAGCCUAGUGACACUCUCAUUAGCCCAGUGACACUCCCAUUAGCCCAGCGACACUCAUUAGCCCACCAACACUCCCAUUGGCCUAGUGACACUCCCACUCUCAUUAGCCCAGUGACACUCUCAUUAGCGCACCGACACUCUCAUUAGCCUAGUGACACUCCCAUUAGCCCAGUGACACUCCCAUUAGCCCAGUGACACUCCCAUUAGCCCAGUGACACUCCCAUUAGCCCAGUGACACUCCCAUUAGCCCAGUGACACUCCCAUUAGCCCAGCGAUGUUCCCAUUAGCUCAGCGACGCUCCCAUAUGGGAGUCUCCCCAGUCAAACCCAGUCCUGCUUGUGUUUCAGUCACUAGGACCUUGAGCCCUUUAUAUUCAUGUACUUGCCCCAUACCCAGCUGUGUGGCAGGAACAUUACCCGGGGGGGGAAUCAGGGGACCUUCCCAGGGUUCCUGGGGUCAGAUGGAGCCCCUGCUCCUCUUACUAGCCCAUGAGUCAAUAGAAUUAGCCACUCAGCCCCCUGGGGCCCCACAUGGUCUAUUCCGACACAUGGUACCCCAAUGACUCCCCCCGAGUUUCAUAGUCGCAUCCAACACAGACUUUAAUGAGAUCCACUCAGCAUAGACA